CUCUCGCGAGUAGAUUGAUCUAACCAAUAUGGCAGCGCCCUGUCGAAAUUUUUCCCGUCAGCUGUACCAAGUUUUCCAUGUAAAUAGUCGCAAUGCAUCAUUGUUUGGAACACCUUUACGACUUAAAAGGAUUUAUCGGCCGAUUUGUCAUAUUGAAUCUUCAUUGAAACGGCAGUCUUACUGGUCUAACAUCAAGUACAGGCGACUGACUGCUUCAUGCCGGACUAUCAGUACUCCAUCAUCUAGCCUUAAAUCAGAUGGAGAUCAACAAGGCAAGGGAGAUGAAGAGAAGCCAAAAGCAGGGAUCAUCAAAGUCAUAGCAUUAAAGAUGCACCAUGGCACUAUCUGGUUUCUAAACAAGGUCUCUCCCAAGGCCCGUGUCUUCUAUGAACGAUUUGUAGAUGGUGCAACAGAUUUUGUUCAAGACUUCCGCUUUGUGUAUUCCCUGAACAAGAGACUGAAGAAUAAGGAAGUGAAACUGGAAGACCUUGAAUGGAAAGAUCUCUACAAGAAGAUGCAGAUGAAACAGGAUGUCGCUAAGGUUCUCCCGGUGCUGGUUAUAGUCAACAUACCCUUUGUGUACUAUGUCACUUUACCAGUUGUAUUAUAUUUCCAGAGGAUCUUUUUAUCAGACCACUUUAUAACCCAAGAAGAUGUAUCUAGCAACCACCAGGAAAACAGCAAGAAGAGACGUCGACUCUAUCCAUUAAUACUCAAGAGACUUGAUAAAAGACUAAAGAAGAAACCCACAUCUGAACUUUCUGAAUCUUUACAUCAUAGAAUAGCUGGAAAUCAGAUGGAGAAGCAACCUUUGAGUGCAUCUGAGCUUCUGUCUUUUCAGCCUCUGUUUAGUCAACAGACAUCUCUCAAGUCACUCUCAAGAAAUUAUUUGAAAAAUCUAUGCAAGCUUCAUUCCCAGUGGGUGUUCUUGGCAGCUAGCCCUUCCCUUAGGAAACGACUCUCAACUCAUGCAAGCCUUAUGAUAGCAAUGGAUCAGGCCAUACUCAAAGCUGGUAUACAUAGUAUUGAUGAAUAUGAUCUGAGGAAGCUUUGCUAUCAGAGAGGAUUAAACCCUGUAGGAUUAGACAGACAGAUGCUAACAGAAUGGCUGACAGAAUGGACUCAUAUAUCAACAAAUAUAUCAGAUGCAGAGCGGUCACUUCUUCUCCAUGCCAGUAUUCUCUUAGUAGAUGGACGUCCAAACCAAGGGGAUACCCAGCCAAACAAGGAAGGGGUUAUGUCAUCAACAUCACAGAAAGAUGAGCACAAAGUAUGAUAACCAACUCUACCAUCUGUGAUCAAACAUAUAUGAUCAUAACUGCUUAUAUCAAAAACUUCUAUUUGCCCUAGAAAAAUGGAGCAUGAUUACCCUUGCUUUAACAGAGCUGUUGCUGUACGCUCCGCGUUUCAAGGAAUAAAUUCCUACCAGGGGCCCAUUGCAUAAAAGUUACCAUUAUGGUAACUUUGCCAUCCAAUGAUAACUUGCAUGGAAUCAUUGAUUUUUAUUGGCUGUUGAUCAUCAUUACCAUGGUAGUUACCAUUGGAUAGCAAAGAUACUUUUAUGCAACAGGGUCCAGAUCCCCAUUUACCUCACCUGUGUUGGAUGUAGCACAGUGUAGAUAGAUUUCUUGCUGAAGGAAUUUAUAUCCAGGGUUCCAUUGAUUUAGCAUUUCAUGAGCAGAAAAAGGGGAAAAUAAAUUUUGAGCUCACACACAUCUCAUGUUAUAUAGGAAGAAUGGCAGUGUUAAGAUGUCAACUGCAAAAUAUUGCUAUUUAAACCUAAAUUCCGUCUAUGAUACCGGUCACAAUUGUGAAGUCUUACAGAAUCCAACUAUUGACCACCGAAGUGUUCGUUUGUAUAAAAUAAUCUGUCUAAUGAUUCUGGUAAAUGAAAUGGUAAUUGCUCAGUAAUUUUAAAAUAAAUAAGCUUGGCAUUAUGAGAGUAGACAGGUUUUUUUUGUCCAAGGAAUAAUAUUACUUGUGCUUUCAUGUGCUCAUCUCUGUUUGAUAUUCUGUUUUUUAUUACAAUGUUUGGUUAACAUAAAUAUGUCAGAACUUUUGACAGUAGAUCUUUUAUCCAUAAUGGUGUGAUAAUAAUUACCUUGAUUUGGGAGAUUUACACAUAUUAUUGCUUCAUGCUACAAAUAUUUAGAUUUAAAUGCCCUCAGAUUUGAUGUGUGAUAAAAUGUAUGAUUUUAUUUUGGCUGUCAGUCAUUCAUACAAGAUUUGUGUGUGAUCCCAUAUAUCUGUUUAUUGUGCAGGGUAAUGACUUUUUUUUAUAGGAAGUCAAUAAACUUAAUAAUCUCACAUGCUUUAUACGGCAUGGAGCUUUCCUAACUACUUUGUUAUUCGCAGGAUUCAAACUCAACUUUAUCUUAAAUGAUAAAUGUUCCAUUAAUGGUUACUAAACAAAUUAUCAUUUUCUGGUAACUAUCAAUGUAUGGUAACUUCCAUUCUAUAGUAUACAAAUAUACCAGGCUUUGAGUAAGUAUAGCGGGAAUUAUUCAACCAAGGUUGGACUGGCAUUACUAUUAAAACAGUAAUUUUGCUAGUACAACCAAGGAUGAAUAAUUCCCUCAAUACUUUCAAAAUAAAGGCCUGGUAUAUUUGUUUUAUAUCCUACAUUCAAUAAGUUACAGCAACCAAUCUUGAUAAUCUAUAGUUCUUGUACACGUAGUUCAUCUUAUAGAUAACGCGCUGUGCAGACUGACCUACUUUUUCUGAAGCUACGUGCUCAGCGGAAUGCGUAUUUGUGCCUGCACCCGAGAAAUUGCGCGAUCUGUGUCAAUGAUAGAAUAGUGCACUAUUCCAUCAUUGACAUCAUCGAAUAGUAAUUUUUCUUCAGUGGGCGUUUCACUUUCAAUGUCAUUGCAAAAUAGUGAGAAUAUGUUUGGUCACAUGAUGUUAUUUAAACCAAUUAGCAUACAUGAUUUAAUUUACGUAGGAUAUAAUAACUACCAUUGUAUGGUAGCUACAAAUGCAUGGGAACUACCAUUGUAUGGUAACUACCGUUGUAUGGUAACUAUCAAUGUAUGAUAUCUACCAUUGUAUGAUAUCUACCAUUGUAUGGUAACUACCAUUGUAUGGUAACUACCAUUGUAUGGUAACUACCAUUGUAUGGUAACUACCAUUGUAUGGUAACUAUCAAUGUAUGAUAUCUAACAUUGUAUGGUAACUUUCAAUGUAUGGUAACUACUAUUGUAUGGUAACUGCCAUUGUAUGGUAAAAUGCCUCUAAAGCAAAUCAAAAUUGCACUUUCCAUUGGCAAGUAUGAUUUGAAAUUGAUUGCAUUGUCUAUUUCCUUGUACAGUUUCUCAUAGGAUUUAACCAUUAUGUUGCUUUAUGACAAUGCUAGAACAUUUUAUUCACCUGUUUUCAUCAAGGAUGGUUAUACAUGGGGGGGGGGGGGGUAAAUACGUCAUCAUCCUGAACAUACAAUGUAUUAUUGUUGGAGCUUUCAGUUAGUGUAUAUUUGUAUAUCAAUUUGUAUAUGAUAAUGCCUUUACUCUAGCUAUUGCUUUCAAAAAAGGAAAUUGAUUUGGUAGAUGUUGUCGCAGCUCAAAUUUAAAGAAAUGUGUAUCAUAUAUUUUGUUUUUUAUAAUACUGAUGAAUGUCUGGUUAUAUUCUGAAAUCGGAUGUGCAAUUUAUCGCAUAAUUAGUGAUUACUUGUAUUAACAAUUUGUUCCUUCUUUAUCAAAUACUUAUAUAUCAAAAUAUGACCUCGUUAUCAUGUUCGAAUUCCACUUCAAUUAUUUUUUUUCUUCCUGAAACUUGCUAAGUAAAGAGUAUAUUUUGAAUUAGAUAUUAUGUCCAAUUAUGAUUUCUAUGGCAUUCAGUAUUUUUUUAUAUUCUGAACACUUCUGAGGAUGUCAAAUGCUUUGUUCUAGAACAACAGGUCACUUGAAGUAUAAUAAUAAUUAUAAUCUUAUCAAUAAUGCGUUAUUAAAAUACAUACAUUAUACGUUUCUAAGCGCUAAUAGCGAUUUAUUCAAUCAGUCAUUCUCGCACACAAUGUAAGCACAUCCUCCACUCCCUGGCCAUUCGCCAUAUAAGGUGCUAACGAUUUGGGACAAGCUAAAAUGACUUUCACAUCCUACCAGGUAUCCAUUCAGCACCUUGGUGGAGAGUGGCAAAGUGUGGACAAUGCCAAAGGACGCUAGGCUGCGGUGGGAUUUGAAUACACAACCCUCUGAUUAAAAGGCUCUUCCAUUCAGUAGAUGUUUAGUUAUUGUAUGAAAAUAUGGGUUUUUUUAUAGAAAAAAAAAAUCUUUCCAAGAGAGAAUACCGGGACUACCACACAUGGUAAUUUAUGAAUGAUUACCCUUCAGUAUUGUGAGCUUUCUUUCAGUAUAUAAAUCAUAAUUGUCAUGAAGGAGUCUUCUUUGUGCUACAUGAUCUUUGUCGACAUGAAACUGGAAAUUAUUACUCAAAUAGCAGUACUUGCGACAAAGAAAUUUUAUAUCAGUUCAUUGUUAAAUGAUUGUAUAACUAUUUACUUGCUUGCCUUAAAUGUGAAGUACCAUAAUGUACAUUGAAUAAAAGGUAUCAACAACAUACCUUGUUUUUGUCAGAAUA